AUGGGGCAUCGGGACGACCUGAUCGCGGCUAUGGUUGUCUUCUUAGUAGUCGACACCCUUGCCAUAGCCGCCCGUCUCUAUGUUCGUACCAAGAUGCUGACCCGUGGUUUCGGCUUAGACGAUGUUGUUCUCAUCCUGACAUAUAUCGGCUUUAUUAUCUCCUGUGCUAUGGGCUUUACGUCUAUGCAUUACGGCUACGCUGCUCGGGACGAACAGCCGUACUACAGCAAGGUCAAAUACACCAAGUUCCUAUUCGCCAACCAGCUGACACUCUACAUUAGCGCCGGGCUCGUAAAAAUAGCCGUGGCGCUCGUUCUCUAUCGUCUAUCGUCGACUAAGAAGCUACGCUGGCUCCUAAUAGGAUCGAUGGCUGUCGUCACCGCCUGGACCAUAGUCAUGACAUUGUUCGCGUCGUGGCCAUGUGCCCAAGGUGGCGCGUCCAACUGGGCUGGCAGCAAGGCUUGUACGCAAGUCGGUUACUUCCGUACCAUCACCAACAUCUUUAUCGACUACUUCUAUGCGCUGCUGCCGAUAUACAUACUUAGAAAGGUAAAGAUGAGCACCAAGUUAAAAAUAUCAGUUCUGCUAUUGUUGGGGCUAGGUGUAUUUGCGAGCUCCGCCACCAUUGUCAAACUUGUUAUCAUAGUCAGGUUAUCAACCGCAAAGGGCGAGGAAGCCCAAGGCCUACACUACGACUUACUUCUCUGGGCCGACAUCGAACUCGGCAUGGCUACAUUCGCGGCGUCUGCGGCAGCUUUGCGGCCUCUACUCAAGCACAUCCCAAGUAUUUGGAGUAGAAGCCAGACGUCGAAUAGCCGUAGCCGUAGCCGUACUACAAGCGAGGCGGUCGGACCCUACCGGGAGCUCGGCGCUACUAACGAGCUGCACCCGGUGAGGAAGCAUGAUGCUAAAAUAGUAAAUAGGGAAGACUCUGAAGGGGAUGUAUUUGUAGUUUGA